CGGAGGUUGAUCGAAGCACUGCGGAGGCGGUAGUAGUGCAUCGUUCUGAAGCCAGAGGUGAUUGGGGGUCUCGGCUCACUUUCCCUCAGGCAACUCCCCAGGUCGGCUGGUUCACCACUAAAACGGGCGGUGUUUCUUCAGACCUAGGUGGUGACUGGUUGAGACACCGAUCGCCAGCUACUUACAAGCAGGAAUAUAGAUAG